ACUUCUGGGUCCCGUUCAGGGCCUUUUUAAUGCACAUGCGUGCUGAACAGCUGACUGCUGAAUUAAAAUGGCUUCCAGCGGCUGGUCUGAAAAAAUCCUGAAUCUGCUUCGCCGAAUGAACAACUUUUAUUUAGCAGGUUCUGGUCGGUCCAGCUGCUUCAGGUUUGAGAUAGACGGAGCCCAGGUUGGCUGGAUUCCUCCUCAUGUAGCCUCCCUGCUCACACCAUACACAGAUGUGUUCUCCCCACCACAAGAGGGCGCUGUGUCGCUCUGUUCCAGCCUGGGCUGCUAUGAUAGAAGGUCAGAGGCCGUGGAUGAAGUUCUACAGAAGCUCAGACAGGAGAGCUCCCUAAGCUGCCUCAGAGGAUGGAGGGAUGAGAGGUACAGUGUGAAGCCCAGGUUCUCUGAUCAGCCUCUGAUGUGGAUGGAAAGAGCAGCUACAAGUCUUUUUGGUGUCAAGAGGUACGGAGUUCAUAUCAAUGGAUACACCAUCAGUGACAGUGGGGAGAUAAGCAUGUGGCUAGCCCGGCGCUCUGCUACCAAGCAGACGUAUCCUGGACUGCUGGACAACAUGGCGGCUGGAGGUCUUGCUGCUGAUGCUGGAAUCAAAUACACUCUGAUUAAAGAGUGUGAAGAGGAGGCAUGCAUCCCAGCAGACAUAGCCAUAAAGGCUCAUCCCAUAUCAACUGUGAGGUGAGCUGAAUUCUGCUCAUAAUCCCUCAGUAGAAAAGUUGAAGGACAACAGGAGGUGUUACUUAUCCCUGCUGGCCCACUCCUCAUCUUCCCUCUGACCAAUCUGCAUCUGUUCAUCUAGUGGUCUGACUUUAGUGGAUCUUUCGCUUUUAUCUUAUCUCAUGUAUUUAUUCUCUACUUGCUGUAAUUUAAGGCAUAUUACCAGAUUAUAUUAUUUUCUGACACCUUGACCACCAGGAGGUGAACAUCUGAGGUCUUUUGUAUUAUUAUUAAAGUCCACCACAAAAUAAAACAUCUGCAAGGAGGAGGAUUUUGUCUAGUGGAGAUCUU